GGCCAGGAAGGGGUUGGUGUGGGGGUCGGCGGCGGCCCGCCGGGCGCCCCCCAGGGUCGGGUCGUCUCGGUCGGCGGCGCUGGCCUGCUGCAGGAGGGCCUGCGUGACGGCCUCCAUGAUGCCCUUCUGCUCGGUGAGGAUGUGGCUCAGCUGGUACAUCUCGCUCUCCAGGUAGCUGAUCUCGCGCGCCGUCUCGAUGAACUGCCGGUAGUUCUGGUAGACGUUGCGCUUGAGGCUCUGCGCCGUCUCCUCGCUCAGCGCCUGGAUGCGCUGCCGGUGCUCCUGCAAGUCCCGGUCGCCGUCCGACUGCUGAGACAGCUGCUUCACGUACUCCUCCGCCGCGUAGCUGCCGGACUCCAGCUGCCGCCUCAGACGGCUCCCGCCGCCGCCCGCAGCCCCCUCGCCCACAGACAGCGCCAUGUCCGAACCGGAGCAACGAGAGAGCGGAGCGAGGGGCAGAGAGGAAGCAGGCCAGCGCCAAACGCCUAGCCGCCAGAGCGCCUGCGCCGGACGCUGACGACCUCGCGAGCGCGACGGAAGAGAGAGGGCGUGGAGCGGCCGGCGCCACGGCGAACCAGACCCAGCGAGUAGAGCUACACACGGGGAGGCACUUCCGGGCUUAGCGGGACCCCGCGCAAGCGCGUAACGAAACCAGAAUGGCUGGGGAUGGAUGGAGGGGGAGGAGGGAGGCGCGCCUCUGAGCUCCUCCUAGGGCAAGUUGUGUGGCGCAUGCGCCCGAGUUUGAAGAGUUCGCGACCGCCGGCUGGCUGGCAUCCUGCCUGGGCGAGAUGGACGGCGACUUCUUGCUGGCCCUCCGGCUGCAGGCGGAGUGGGAGGCAGAGGACGGGGAAGCUCAGGGGGCCAAGGCAGUGGCCGCCGCCGCCUCCCCUGCCGCCUCGCCCGGUUCCCCGGCGCGGCCGCUCUCCGUCGUGGACAGCGCCUGGGAGCUGCUGGACCCGAGCCCCGACGUGCGAGGCCUCUUCCUGCAGUUCAACGAGACCCUCUUCUGGGGCCGCCUGGCAGCCGUGGAAGUGAAGUGGAGCCCGCGCAUGACGCUGUACGGGGAAGGCGCUGCGGGACGAGGGAGAGGCGGCUCUGAAUCGCCCUGAAUGUUGCCCUUAAGGCUGUUGUUACUCGCUCUGGGACCGGGGGGGGGGGGGGAGGCGGGUAACAAAUGAUAAAAAAAUCAUGAUAAUAAUAGUGGUUUUUUGUUUGCUAAAAAUGUUUAGGGGUACUCUCAUUUUGACUCAAGAGACUUUGAUCUAGUUUUGGUCUUGUUCCAGGUGGCAUGAGCCCUGUAUUCACAAGCACAGUCAGAAAACAGCUUCUCUGUACAGUGGUACCUCAGGUUAAGUACUUAAUUCGUUCCGGAGGUCCGUACUUAACCUGAAACUGUUAUUAACCUGAAGCACCACUUUAGCCAAUGGGGCCUCCAGCUGCUGCCGCGCCGCCGGAGCCCGAUUUCUGUUCUCACCCUGAAGCAAAGUUCUUAACCUGAAGCACUAUUUCUGGGUUAGCGGAGUCUGUAACCUGAAGCGUAUGUAACCUGAAGCAUAUGUAACCUGAGGUACCACUGUAUUUGUAUACUGUGUGUGGGCUCCUGGUGCUUGUUUACAACUUGAGGAGCAUGUUGUAUUCUGUCUUUUAUCUGACCUUUGUGAGAGAUGCAGUUCUUAAAGGAGAGGGCGAGUUGUGACCCCCCAGAUAUUGCUGUAUCCUGACAAUUCUCCAUGCUGAAUGAAACUGGAAUCCAACAAUAUGUGGAGGGCCGCAGGUUUCCUGCAGUGCAUGGUAUCACAAAUUAAAAAAUCAAUAACUUGUUAUGUCUCCUAGCAUACUUGCUGCAGUGUGAUGACAUUAUUUGUAAACUAAAUAUUCUAACCCGAAUUGUAACAGAAUUGGAGAAAGUGCCUGCUUUCUUACCUCUCAGGAGGUCUAGUCCAGCCACUAGCAGUGGGCACCUAAUGUUUAAUAAAAGUACCUAAUGCUUAGCGAGUAUUGUUUGUGUCUCAGUAAACAAUUUGCCUUUUUUAUUUGUAUUUCUAGGUGUGCUGGAGUUUGCUGCUAUGAAGGCCGUGGUGGAAUGUGCUCCAUCCGGCUCAGUGAACCACUUUUGAAGUUGCGACCAAGAAAGGAUCUUGUAGAGGUAUUCCUGUUUUGUAUAUAGAUAUGAACCCAAAUACGUGCAUUUCUUGCAGCUAUGUGCAUUUCUUGCAGCUGAUAUGUACAUUCCCAAAGUCAAAUGUAUCUUGUAGUUUUGGAAAAAAACAUGUUUACCAGUGCUGUAAAUAGCUAUCUUAUAUUGCAGCUACUUCUGCAAAGACAGGAGAAGCAAGCAGCUCCUUGCUGCUUGCAGAGACUUCUCCAUCCUCUCAUGUCCUUUAGUGGUAUUUUUUACCCAUUAUUUCCACUUAUAAUGUGAAUGUCUCCUUGAAAUAUUGUGUUUAUUUCUCACAACAUAUUUCUAUGUGAUACCAGCAUAGGGUGCAGUAAUAUAAAUUAAAAUCAACCGAUACAAUUAGAAGCCUAAAAAUAAAAGGAACAGAUAAAAUCACACCAAAAGAUAAAAUCACAGCAAUCGAUCAAAAUCUAACUGUGUGGUCGACCCCCACUCCCCCUGAAAUGUCUGGUGGAAUAGGUGUGUUUUCAGCUGAUCCCCAAAACUGUUCUGUGUUUCAAGGGGGAGAGUAUUCCAUAGUUGGACUGCCAGUACAGAAUAAGCCCUCUUUGCUGCAUAACAGGUGCCCCUCAGAUGCAUACUGUAACAACCAGAGAGGCAUCAGCUGCUGAUCUUAACUCAUGGAAGUAUUGGUGUGGGAGGAAACAGCCCUUCAAAUGUCUGUGUCCCAAAUUAUGGUUUUAUGAAGCUGGGAUCAUGUCUGACUUAUCCCAGAGAAUGGAAAACUGGAAGCAAGAAGAUUUUAAGGUUUAUUUUUUAAUUAACUACCAUUUCUUAUCAUAGCGAACUUAACAGUAAGUAAUCAAAUGUUUUAUGUUAGGACAUAGUAAUUUAAGUAAUCAUGUAAUAAUUUUAAUUUCAGACCCUGUUACAUGAAAUGAUUCAUGCCUUGUUAUUUGUCACUAAUAAUGACAAAGAUCAUGAAUCCCAUGGCCCGGAAUUCUGCAAACACAUGCAUCGGAUAAACCGCCUAACUGGAGCCAAUAUUACAGUAAGCAUUCUGUGUAACAAACACUAGUUUGUAGAUUUGUAAAACUGAUUUUGGAAUAUAAAAUGAAUCUUUUAAAUGUUUAGAUUUAAAAGAUACUGCGACAAACAAGCACACUAGAGUCAGUGGUUACUUUGACAUCGGUAAGUUUUGCCAUGUAAAAUCAAAUAUAUCAAGCUAAUCACCAGAUUUCUUCUGAUUUUGAUAAGGUGUUAACUGCACUUUUUGGCCAUAAUCCAGAAAACUUGAAUUAGCAUAGAGAAUCUCUGGUGUGUACUCUGGCUUGGUCCAGACACUGCAGCCAUAUCAUGGUUUAGCUGUCAGGAGCAUUCUCCAGGCUCUCUCCUUCUGUAUCACUAAUGAAUGGUGAUCCCUUCUCCCUCUUCCUGCUUUGUUGUAACUAAAGUGCAGUGUCACAGGCGGAAGGCCACACUCCAGAGUUGCACUCUGGGAAAGGCAUUUGGAAGCCGCCCUGAACAUCUUGGUUAAAGCGACUUUUAUUAUAAAUGAGAGAAUAUGUUUUCUCCAGCGUACAAUACCCUUCCGAGACUGUGCCCUUUCUUGUACAAUAAAAAUCAACACUGCUGCCCUCUUCCCCAGUUAAGUCCCUUAUGGUGCUGUGGUGUUGCUUGGGUUUCCCUGUGAGGCAGUGCUCUCUUGCUGCUCCCCUGGCAUUGCAGGCUGCCAGAGACUCCUGCACCUUACAGCCAUUCUGUCCUCCACAGCCACUCCCAAACAGUGUUAGAAACUGAGAUAUGAAAGCUAGGAGCUAGGACAUGUAUUUUUUCCUCAGUAGCCCACCAUUCCGUCUCUUCUCCCCCUAACUACCCCAGCUUUCUCCACGUUCCAAUUCCCCUGGCAAAAGUAGCCAAGAGUGAGAUUUUUACUUACCUUCAGGCGAACAAGCCUUAUUAAAUAUAUCAAAUCCAAAACAGAAACAUUUUUUAAACCGCCCCCCCCCCUUACUAAGCCCCAUGAAUCAUUUACCACAGCAGCCUUCCCCAGCCUGGUGCCCUCCAAAUGUUUUGGACAACACUACUUAGUACGUCUGGCUGGGAUUAGUGAGAUAUGUAGUCUGAAACAUUUGGAGGGCACCAGGUUUUGGAAGGCCUCCAUGGUGUGAUGUGUGAGUUGGGAAAAUUGUGGUUAUUGUUAAUCAUAACUUUCAAAUAAAAAUAAAAAACUAUGGUUUGGAAUGGGUUUAAGAUUCUGAUUUGGAUGCAAAUGUUGUUAACAAUAACCAUCGUUCGACUGCUUCAGACAUUACAGCAAACUCUGAAUAUCGCAAGACAGGAAAUGAGCAUGUGUCUCUGUAGAACUGAACAUACAAGCCCCUGAAUACCUCCAGUUGCCAAACCAUGGUUUGGCCUUGAUAUUUGAAACAGACCACAGAAUUCUGGUGUUAGUAGAUACUGUUUGAUUUUCUUCUGUGUUUGGGGCCAGCUCCAAUAUCCAUGUGGAACUCUUGCCUGUAGUGACUUGGGAAGCCCUGGUUGGCCUGAUUCCAUCAAUCUUCACGGUGGGCUGUGAGUUAAUCUGGUGUCACCGCAAAAUGGAAAUGAAUGUUCUGCAUUAAGAAAAACUUGUUGGUUAUGUUUAGAUCUAUCAUGAGUUUCAUGAUGAAGUGGAUUCCUAUCGCCAGCACUGGUGGCGAUGCAAUGGUCCAUGUCAAAAUAAAAAGCCGUAUUUUGGCUAUGUGAAGCGUGCAAUGAAUAGAGCACCAUCUGCAAAUGACUUCUGGUGGGCUGAGCACCAACAGACGUGUGGAGGUACAUAUACCAAGGUCAAGGAGCCAGAGAACUACACCAAGAAAGGCAAAGAGAAGGUCCCACAAUCAAAAUUCCUAGCUGAUGGCAAAGGUACUUGAAUAUCAUUUAGUUAUUACCAGCAGAGGAUGAUGAUGUUAUUACCAGCAUCAUAACUGUUUUUCAUCAGUUAAUAUUUGAGGGUGGUUUAUAGCAUAAACCAAAGGGUACAUAACUAAAAGUGUUAAGCGGGGGAAAAGAUUUUUCUGAUGAAUGAUCGCUCCUAGAGAUGUAAUAGAGUACUGCUGGUGAAUGUUUUCCAAAUAUGUGAUUGUUCUGUGUAUUUCUGACGUAUUUGCAGGAAACGCUAACAGAGACAAUAUGCAGAACCUAAUUCCUUUUAGUGGAAAAGGAUAUAUCCUUGGAGGAAAAAGCACUCUGUCACCAUCAGAGAGGACCACAAGUCCAAGCAAUGAUAAGAACAGAUUGCUGCUCAGUUCGCAACAUCAUUCACCUUCUGGUUUGAUAAGAUCGAAUCCUCAAAAUGCAAGCAUAUCCUCACCAUUUCCUUCUGAAGGUGAUAAGAAUAGCUUUGCUUCCUAUGUUACACUCCCUAAAAUAUCAGUUGCUAACAAAAAAGCGUACACUAAUGUUAAUGGCUCGCCCAUUAAACAUGUUUCUUUUAAUGGAGGAAGAUCAAAGUCAAGCCCUAUAAAUGUUACAUGGGACUUACCCUCGAAGACGACACCAGUAAAAAGCAUUUCUGGACCAUCUACUUCAACUCCAAAACCCCAUAGUUCAUCUCAUAGAAAUAGCAGCACACCCAGUGGUGGACCAACAAAACGGGCAAAAAUGGAAGACACUGCUGCCUUUGAAAAAUACUUUAUACAAAAAACAGAUCCAGAGUUGACCAGCCCUUCUUUGAAGAGAAAGCAUGAACCAAUAGCUUCAGAAAGGCCAGCUACUUCUGCCAGUGAUGAGAACAGAAACGUUUCCUGCCCUGUCUGCAGUUCUGAAGUUUUGGAAGCUAAAAUUAAUGAACAUCUAGAUUCCUGUCUCCAAGAUACCUUAACAUGAUUCUGACAUUAAGACGGUGCUUUGCUCAGGGGUUAUCAAUCUUGAGUGUUUCAUGUGUAUUUAUUGUCUUCCAUAUUUUGGUGGGAGUGGGGAGGGGACUUAUGACAUCUUCUUCUACGUGAAGGAAGUUUUCUUCAGCUUGGAAUAGUGCUAGUAAUGCCACCAACUUUCAGCACACAUUUAUAGCCAUGAGAGAAACAAAUUCUGUUCUAAAGCAGGCAUAGACAAACUCAGCCCUCCAGAUGUUUUGGGACUACAGCACCCAUCAUCCCUGACCACUGGUCCUGUCAGCUAGGGAUGAUGGGAGUUGCUGUCCCAAAAACAUCUGGAGGGCCAAGUUUGCCUAUGCCUGUUCUAAAGAAAGAAACAUGCAUGGUUUUUAACUGACUUAUUUUUAAAAGCCUAUUCACUCGUUCAGAAUACCUGUUUGUUUUAUCUCAAAAACUACUUUCAAGCCUGUUUUGCAGAUUACUGUUUUUGAGCCAUUUAAUAUCAACGGAAUACAAAAUGUGUGUGAAAUCGUAUACUUCCACCUUUGCUUACAUUUGAAUCAGACUUAAUUUCCUGGAAGCGACACAUUUUAUUAUAAUAAAUAGAGAUGGUUAAAGCUGCACUCAUGAGAAGUUUUCACAGAGCUUUAAAAUGUUCUAGGAGGGAGGGUUAAGUCUCCAGAUUGUGGCACUGUCCCUAAAACUGUUCAUUGGCCCAUCUCAUUGUUAUAUAUGCUGCUAAUAUGUCUGAAGAUUAUGGGAAGUGUUUUGUGAGAGAAGAUGGGAUAGAUGAAGUAGGACAAAUACCUUCAUAUAUUUGAGGAGCCAUAUGUGACAUAAUGGUUUAUAUCCUCAGGCUGUCUGAAACAGAUGAGAUACAUCUAAUUCUGGAAUCGGAUUGAGAUCUCACAACUUUUUAAGUGAUAUAGAAGAGCAGUUUGCUGUUCAAAAGCCUCCACUUCCUAGAGUUCAGUUUUGUUCCAAUAAUUUAUACAUUCAGCAGGAAAAAUGGCCUGUUGUAAUGUUGAUAGAGAUCUGGGAUGUAUUAUCCCUCUGCUUCAUGCCAUUCUGGUUAUGUUCAUUUCUGAGCCCCAAGUGUCAACAUGAUUGCUUGUUGACAAUUAGGAUGUUCCAUUUUUACCCCCCAAUGGUUGAAUUUGGUCAGAUAUCUCUUUUCACAAGCCAGGAGGUCUCCUUUUCAUCUAUUAGGUACAUGUGUGCCUGUAAAUGAAGCUUUCAAUUACAUUGUAUCUUGUGUUGAGCAUUUGACAGCCAACUGAUAAAUUUUAAAUAAAAAUAACUUUUCAGAAACAGCA